AUGCGCUUCUCGACGUUCGCCCUCAUUUUUGUAGCCUCGGCUUUUGUAGUCUCGGGCAGCGUUCUUCGUGAGAAGCGACAAUGCGGUUGUGCUCAGCCACAGCAGUCGCAGUGUUCGUGCCAGCAGGUCCAACAGACCCAGUCUUGCUCGUGCCAGUCAGCUCCUGUUGCUCAGCAAUCCCCAUCGUGCUCGUGUGCUCCACAACCGCAACAAACUCAAACCAUCCAGGUGCAAGCGACCCAAUGCGCCCCAGCUUGUCAGCAGAGCUGCAGCCAACAAUGCCAGGCUAGCCCAUCUGUUUCUCAGUGUCAGCCACAAUGCCAACAGCAAUGCCAACAACAGUGCACUCCAAUGUACAAUCCACCAGUUACUACCACUACCACCACUCCGGCCCCGGUGUACAAUCCACCAGUACAAUGUCAGCCAGCUUGUGUCAACCAGUGCACUCAGUCCUGUGUUCAACAACAACAGCCAGUUGCACAGUGCCAACCACAAUGCCAGCAACAGUGCAACGUCGCUUGCGAUGCUCCAGCCACCACACAGGCUCCACAAGUUAUCCAAAUCAACUUGGAAAUCACUCAAGCUCAGGCUCAAGCUCAAUGCCAGCCAGCUUGCCAGCAACAAUGCCAGGACUCUUGUGUUGCUCAGCAACAACCAGCGCAACAGUGCAGCCAGGCCUGCAAUACCCAGUGCUCUGGCAUGUGCCAACAAGCCACACAGCAACUGGCUCCAGUCUACACCCAACCACAACAACAACAGCAGCCAACUUACAACCCCACUGUUGCCCCAAUGUACGAUCCAUACAACAAUCAGCAGCAACAACAAGCCAACUGCGCUCCUGCCUGCCAGCCGGCGUGCGACAACCAAUGCAUUGCCCAGACCUCCGCUCCAAUGAAUCUCAUUGUGCAAAGCUAG